CUCUGCCCCCCGAUUCACCCUUUCAAGCAGCCGGUCGACUACCGCUGCACUGCCAUGAGCACAGUGCCGUGACUGACGUACAUUGAGUGCUCUUUCAUUGGUAUGGGCGUGAUUGGAGCGAGAAAAGGUGUUUGGUGAGUGCUAUCCGGUGAGUGCAAGUGCAACCGAGCGCCGGCUCCUGCCCCAGGAUGACCGUGCAGCUUGGUAACAGCACAAUUUGAUGGCCGCAACAAUGCAAAGACUUCGUAGUAUGCCAGGCGCUGGGUGGAGCGACAAAGAUGAAGACGACUAUGGCAUGCCGGUCCAUCGACAAGCGCAGAAUACCAUUACAUGGUCUUUGCGCAGAGCGCGAAGGUACGGACCAUUAAUCGGGAUUGUUCUGCUCUUUCUCUUGUACUGGAGCUGGCCACAGAGUCUCACACGGACCGACUGGUCAAAGUACGCCUACGUCCAAUAUGCCACUGAUGAGCACAAUCUUUGCAAUGCGUUGAUGGUGUUCGAAAGCCUGCAUCGUCAUGGAAGCAAAGCGCAGCGAGUGUUGCUACACAAUCCGCAGUGGGCAUCUCUUGCUCAAGGAGCGGAUGACCGUCAAGCACACUUGCUAUCUCUAGCCCAGAGAAAGUAUCAUGUAAAUUUAAGACCAGUGCAACUACUCGACGAACGCGGCGAGCCAACGCAAGGUCUUGGCGGCGAAACCGCAACAUGGGACACUUCCAUCACGAAGCUACGAGCAUUCGAACUCACCGAGUACGAACGCGUGCUACACAUCGACAGCGACGUAACUCUACUCCAACACAUGGACGAGCUUUUCCUGCUUCCAAGCACGGCCGUAGCGAUGCCUCGAGCCUACUGGAGUGAUGGUCCGCCAGAGAAGUGGCCGCUUACUAGCAUGCUCAUCCUACUCCAACCCAGUCGCACCGAGUUCAAGCAUAUGCUCGCGACGCUCCGAUCCUGGUGGAUGGAGUCUGAGCAGACUCGAACUCACACCAAGCAAUACGACAUGGAGCUGCUCAAUCACCGCUUCGGCGCAUCAGCUAUGGUGCUGCCUCACCGCCCGUAUGCUUUGCUGAGUGCGGAGUUCCGACGCGAGAAUCAUGCGGCAUACCUCGGUACCAUCAACGCUCCGACUGAUGCCGCAUCAGAAUGGGAUCCAGACCGGGUGCUCAAGGAGGCGAAAAUCGUGCACUUCUCCGACUGGCCGCUGCCGAAGCCUUGGGUAAUGUGGCCGCACGACGCGUUGGCAGAGAUCCAGCCGAACUGUACUAAUCUGCACGGCGGGGCUACGUCCUGCCGAGAACGCGAGAUAUGGAAGGAGUUGUAUGAUGACUUCAGGCGGAGACGAAAGGACGUCUGCAGGCUGUUGAGCAUGCCCGCUCCUGACUGGAGGAAGCAUAAAGAGGCUGUUGGGGCAGCGUAGCACCAAUACAUAUCAAAGCAUUCUCGCGGAUCGAUGUCUCCCUUGUUGAAGCUCGUGUGCCUUGCAUCCUCGUUCCAGCCCUACGAGACACGCUAGUGAAGUCGCCAGCUGUAGCUUCGGUUGUACCUGAGACAAACUCGAGCCGCAUCAUGUGAAAGCACGAGACAAUAACAUUUGCC